AUGCCUACAGAGGUUGAUAAAUGCAGGAGGUUUGUGGACAGACUGAAUGACAACAUCAGACUGAUAGUUACAUCUCACCAGUUCACCGACUUCUCUUUCUUGGUAGCAUCAGCUCUGGAUGUGGAGAGAGUAAGAGAUGAGGAGCAGUCCAGGAGGGACAGGCAGCGUAAGAGGCAUUCUGGAACUUAUGAAAUAUCUUUCCUUGGACACAUUAUAUCAGCAGAUGGGAUCAGGGUGGAUCCAAAGAAGAUUGAGGCAAUAGUGGAAUGGAAGCCUCCCAGAAAUGCAAUAGAAGUCGGAAGUUUCUUGAGGUUAGCUGGUUACUACAGAAGAUUUGUGAAGGGAUUUUCCCUCAUAGCUACUCCACUGAUUAAACUGCUACAUAAGAAUGUCAAGUUUGACUGGAAUGACAAAUGCCAAGCUAGCUUUGAAAAGCUAAAGGCUAUGGUCACAAAGGCCUAA